UGUGAGCGCAACGAGGUAACAUGCGACUAGAGUGGUGGAACUACCCCAAAAGAAAACACAAAAACAACAACAAGCAUAGUUGCUUUAACUAAAAGCUCUCCCCAAAACAAACGGCAAAUGUUUCUCGCUCGGCAGGCAACGCGGACGCCGCGUCUCUGCUCUCCGCCGUGCGCUGUUUUUUUUUAGUUUAAUUGCAAAUUGUUAACACAUUCGUAAACUUUUUCGAGCUCCAGAAGAUUCGUGAGUGCACAAAUUGUUAAACAAACAUCAAAAGAGCCGUUGGAAAAGUGUCGUGCCGCCGCGUGUUAAAGCAAAAACAGAAAAAGCAUGCAAAUCUCUUAGCGUUUGACUUUUUUGUGUUUGUGUGUUUGCGUUUUGGCUUUGCAACAGAUGCUGUGCCGCCGCGACGAAACAAACAAAACGCAAACAAGAAUUCCCGCACAAAUCUGAAAGCAACAAUCAAAUCAAUUGCAACAAAAAGCAAAGCCAAUAAAAGCAACAACAAUUGUUUGUGUGUGGCAAUUUUUUGUAUAUUAUUACUUCACAACAGAGCAGCUAGGCUCUCCCGCGCUCUUCCUACUCAAGUGUAUAUUGGAAGCGAGGAGCAACACGAGGCUGGAAUUUUAAUCAAGGACCGCAGAAAUGCAGUCAAAGGCAAGUCAGGCGCGUGGCACAGAUACAACGCGGCACUAAUUGAGGCACAGGACUGCGACCGCGACCACGUCCAGAACAGGGACUAGGACCAGGACCAGAACCAGGACCAGGACCAGGACCAUGGCUUCAUUUGUAUGCAGGCCAGGAGCAUCCACAGCCAAAGCAGCAGCAGCAGCAACAAGAGCAACGGAAAUGCAGAGCAGCGGCUAAGCGGAAGCCCCAAGCCGCAGCAGCCGUGCCCCAAACACAACCAGCCAACGGAAAACAGACGGAAAAUAGACAAAACACAAACAGGCACACCGACGAAACCAAAACGCACUAAAAACACCAGCACAAACUUGCAGGAAGAGGACUCGGAUUUGGAUUCGGAUUCGCAUUCGCAUUCGUUUUCAGGAUGAUGAGCGCUGGGGGUACCUACAUCUCCACCGCCAGCGUGGAGGUGCCACAGGCCCUGCAGGAUGGCGAAAAGUUCAUUCGAUGGGAUGAUGACUCGGGCACUGGCCUACCGGUGACGAUGCGCGUCGACGCCAAGGGCUUCUUCCUCUAUUGGGUGGACCAGAACAACGAGCUGGACAUCCUGGAUAUAGCCACCAUUCGGGAUGUGCGCACGGGACAGUAUGCCAAGAAGCCAAAGGAGGGUAAACUGCGCCAGAUUGUGACUAUGGGACCGCAGGACACCACGCUCGAGGAGAAGACAGUGACCGUCUGCCACGGCUCGGAUUUCGUCAAUAUGACAUUCGUCAACUUUUGCUGCAACCGGCGGGACAUUGCACAGCUCUGGUGUGACGGACUCAUCAAGCUGGCCUACAGCCUGGCGCAGCUGAACGGUUCGGCGAUUAUGUUCCUGCAGAAGGCCCACACCCGUCUGUGUCUGCAGGUGGACAAGAGUGGCCGCAUACCAGUGAAAAACAUCAUUAAACUUUUUGCCCAGAACAAGGAGGAUCGCAAACGUGUCGAGAAGGCGCUGGACGUGACCGGGCUGCCGUCGGGCAAGGGCGAUAGCAUAUCGGUGUCGAAAUUUCAAUUUGAGGACUUUUACAAUCUCUACAAAUAUCUCACGCAGCGCUCCGAAGUAGAGGUGCUUUUCGACAGCAUUGUGGGCGUCUCGAAGCGCAAGUGCAUGUCCAUUCCGCAGCUUGUGGAAUUCCUGAACAAAACGCAGCGGGAUCCGCGCCUCAACGAGAUACUCUAUCCGUACGCGAAUCCCGCCAGAGCCAAGGAGCUCAUCCAGCAGUACGAGCCGAAUAAAUUCAAUGCCCAGAAGGGCCAACUCAGUCUGGAUGGCUUUUUGAGGUACCUCAUGGGCGACGAUAAUCCCAUCAUGGCGCCCAACAAACUGGAUCUCUGCGAUGACAUGGAUCAGCCGAUGUCGCAUUACUUCAUCAACUCCUCGCACAACACCUACCUCACGGGACACCAGCUGACGGGCAAGUCCUCCGUGGAGAUAUACAGGCAGUGCCUCCUCGCAGGCUGCAGAUGCGUGGAGCUCGACUUUUGGAACGGACGCACCGAGGAGCCCGUCAUUGUGCACGGCUAUACGUUUGUGCCCGAGAUCUUCGCCAAGGACGUGCUGGAGGCCAUCGCAGAGAGUGCAUUUAAGACAUCCGAAUUCCCUGUGAUAUUGAGCUUUGAGAACCACUGCAAUCCCAGGCAGCAGGCAAAAAUCGCCAACUAUUGCCGCGAAAUCUUCGGUGAUAUGCUGCUCGAUAAGCCCCUCGAUUCGUACCCCUUGGAGCCGAACAUGGACCUGCCACCACCGGCGGCCCUGCGUCGCAAGAUCAUCAUCAAGAACAAGAAGAAGCACCACCAUCAUCACCACCACCACCACCACAAGAAGCCCUCCCAGGGGGUGGGCACCCCAGCAGCCAGCAACAAACUGAUGACCGCCAAUUCAGUGGAUGCGGCGGCCAAGGCAGCUUCUGCAGCGGCGGCGGCGCAACAAGUGGCAGCUGCAGCCGCCCAGGAGGAGGGUGCCAGCGCCCCAACCGUACGCGCAGCCAAUGGUGACAUUUCGACAGGAACCGGAGGAGGACAUGCCCCGCCAUUGCAACAAAUCCGCCAGAGCUCCAAGGACAGCACCGGCUCCUCGGACUCGGACAGCUCCUCGGACGAUGAAUCCCUGCCCAACACCACACCCAAUCCACCCAGCGGCAACGAGCCGCCGCCGGAGAAGGCCCAGAAGGAAACCGAAGCUGGAGCGGAGAUCUCAGCGCUCGUCAACUACGUGCAGCCCAUACACUUUAGCUCCUUUGAGAAUGCAGAAAAGAAGAAUCGCUGCUACGAGAUGUCCUCUUUUGAUGAGAAGCAGGCCACAACGCUGCUGAAAGAGCGGCCCAUUGAGUUUGUGAACUACAACAAGCACCAGCUGUCGAGGGUUUAUCCAGCGGGAACCCGCUUCGAUAGCUCCAACUUCAUGCCGCAGCUGUUCUGGAACGCAGGCUGCCAGCUGGUGGCCCUGAACUUCCAGACCCUCGACCUGGCCAUGCAGCUGAAUCUGGGAAUCUUCGAGUACAAUGCCAGAUCGGGAUACCUCCUGAAGCCCGAGUUUAUGCGUCGCUCCGAUCGUCGCCUGGAUCCCUUUGCCGAGAGCACUGUCGACGGCAUCAUCGCGGGCACAGUCUCGAUUACAGUGCUGUCCGGCCAAUUCCUCACGGACAAGCGGGUGAACACCUUUGUGGAGGUGGAAAUGUACGGUCUGCCAGCGGACACAGUGCGCAAGAGGUUCCGCACCAAGACAGUGCGUGACAACGGCAUGAAUCCGGUCUACGAUGAGGAGCCCUUCGUCUUCAAGAAGGUGGUGCUGCCAGAGCUGGCCAGCAUACGGAUAGCCGCCUACGAGGAGGGGGGCAAACUGAUCGGCCAUCGGGUGCUGCCAGUGAUUGGCCUCUGUCCGGGGUAUCGGCACGUGAAUCUCCGCUCGGAGGUGGGCCAGCCCAUCGCCCUGGCCUCCCUCUUCCUGUGCGUGGUGGUCAAGGACUAUGUGCCCCAUGGUCUCUCCGACUUCGCGGAGGCCCUGGCCAACCCCAUCAAGUACCAGAGCGAGCGGGAGAAGCGCGACAUGCAGCUGUCGGUGCUCACGGACGAGUCCGAUGCAUUGGUCAGCGCCGACGAAGACCUGUCCAAGUCGUUCGUUUUCGUCCAAGUAGGUGGCCAGAAGAAGGAGCUGCGUCCGGUCGAGUCGCUCGCCACCUCGCCCAAGCACAGGGCAAGCAUCUCUGCGGCGGCCGCCUGGAGUGUGGAGCCGCCAACGGACCGCACAGACGGCGGGGGCGGUGGGCGUGGAGCGGGCGAUGACAGCGAAUCCAUUGUGGCUCCUAGUAUCCAGCACCAGCACUCGCUGGACCAGACGGUGAGCACCUCCAUCCGUCAGGUGGAGUCCUCGCAGUUCGACGUGGAUCCCGUGGUGGCGGAGCCCCUGGAGAAGCUGCUCGACCACAAGUCGGUGAAGGAGAAGCGCCUGGAGAUGGAGAAGAAGCUGGAGUCGCUGCGCAAGAAGCACGACAAGGAGAAGCUCAAGAUCGCCGGGCAGAAGAGCAGUCCCCUCGAGGGCAAGAAGCCCAAGUUCGCCAUCACCAAUAAGCUGGUGAAGCGGCUGAGCAACAAGAGUCUUAAUUGUCUCUCUCCGAACAGCGAACCGGGCGUCGAGAUCCCCGCCUGCCCCCUCGACCUGGGCGACAGCAGCGAGGAGAGUGCCGGCGCAGCCGACGCUGGCGAGGAUCUAGCUGGUGGCAGCAGUCUGGAGGGCACCCAGGAAUCGCGCCUGCGCAGCGCCUGUCGCGAGUAUACGGCCCAGUACCGCGAGCUGCAGGAGAAGUACCACGAGGCCAUCUACACCGCCGCCGAGAAGGUGCUAAAGACCUCCCAAACGGGACAGAUGAAGCAGCUGAAGGCCUCCCUGGACAAGGUCACCGGCGAGGUGAUGCACCAGCUGCAGGAGGCACGCCGCAACGAGGUUAAGAAUCUGGCCACAGUGCACAGGGAUCGGGACGAGCUGGUCAGGAUGAAGCGCGAGGUGGCCAGCUCUGUGGUGGAACGGGGAGUGGCUGAGCGAGUGCGUCUGAAGCAGACGUUCGACAGGCGCACGGACGACCUGCAGAAGCAGCACGAUUCAGUGCGCAAUGCCCUGGCCGAUCAUCGCUCCAAGGCUCGUCAAAUACUCGAUAAGGAUGCAGAAUCUCGCAGCUGCGUCUCAAACAAUGGCUUCCUGGUACUCUUCCAUGGACCCCAUCAUCACGGCUGCUCGGGCUCCGGCUCGUCGGCCAUUUCGGGCAAUAAUCUCACUCUGAAUCUGGAUGCCGGAGCUGCGGGCGGACUCUCCUCGGUGUCGCCGGCCAGGUCGCACCACAGCAUCGCGGCGGCAACGGAGAUGAAGACGUAAACUCUCCAUUCUUGAAAGUGGUUCUUUAGUUCUUCAGUCGGUGUUCAGUAUUGUCGACAGAAAACCGAAAACAGAAAACAAAACAAAAAGUCUUCGUAGUUCUUAAGCUAAUACAUUUUCGACGGGAACUCAACCUCGACUCUAGAUCCUAGGGUAUCUAAAUCCUAAGCCUAACCCGGAAAGGCAGUGCAAGAAAUCGCUUUUUCAUACUGAACAAACUAGAAUGUAACGCUCUCGCAUGUACGACAUAUGAUGUAUGAUGUAUUUGUAGUGUAACUGUUAAUGUAUCUAUAUAUCUGUAUCUGUAUACUGUAACUAUCGGUCUAUAUCUAGUGCAUGGAUGGGCGAGACGAGGAUCCAUGUGGAUCCAAAGCGGAGCCGAGCCGUACCGGUUUCUUCUUACUCGAAAUGCGGCGAAACUGUGAGUGUCUAAGUGUUAAGCAGAACAGAAAACGUGACAGAAUCUAAGUAUAAUUUAUUUGGUCAAGCAGACUAGGCGAUGCAGGGACAGGUCAGGCCUUGAAUGGGCUGGAAUGGGCGGGGGAGGGAGUCUGCAUCGCGUCAAGUGCUCCAUUUUCUAAUGAUAAAUGUGGUUGUGUGUAUUACUCUUUUAUAUCAGUUUUAAUUAAUCCAAUUUAUACGAUUAGCUUAAGGGCGCUCGCUCGCACAAUUUCCGCAUAAUUUGUGGAAUGGAAUGAAUCUCGUGCGCACAGAAGCGGCGGAAGCCGCCAACAAGUCUAAGCCAACAUUUAGUCAAUUAUUUUAUCGGUUGGUUGCUAUUUAUUAAUGAUUUUUUUCCCUCAGUCACUAUUCUUACGUUCAUUUUAGUGGAUAGAAAAACUCCAAUAAAAUUCUCUAUCGAAUUGUUUUCUCCCUUUUUAAACA